AUGAUAAAUCAAAUAAGGGAAAAUAUUGAAAGUUUUAAAAAACUUUUAGAUGAUGCAUUUAAGAAAGUUGAUAAAAGGAAAAGAGGGGUAAUAACUCCUGCAGAACUAAAAAAACUAUUAAAUCUUUUUGGACAAUUUCCAAAUGAUAAUGAAAUCAGAGAAAUAGUCCCAAAAAUUACCAGCAAUAAAACUCAAAAUUCUAUUAGGUAUAAAGAUUUUGAAAGGUAUAUGCUGGAGCCACUCUUAAGCAGACAAAUUAAUUUUGAGGACAAAAAUCUGCUGCUUUCUGCAUUUCAAGUAAUUGAUAACCUGAAUAAAGGCUAUAUUCCUUUGAGCGAUUUUAAGAAAAUAUUAAGAGACAGCGGAAUAUUAUGAAAUGAGUCAGAUUAUAAAGAUUUUAUUAUGUAUGACAUCAAAGAAAGUAAAAAAUUCCUAAUGUAUGAAGAUUAUAUUGAAUUUUUAUCAAGUGAAAAUUUGAAUAAUGUUAAUAUCAUAAUAUAA